AUGCAUUGUGUGAUUGCCAGCAGCUCGGUGAUUCCCUUGUUAACAUCAGUCAUCGAUAUGAAGGAUCUCUUGGAGAGCCUCAGGAAGCCGAACCAAUGGAUUCUCUCCAAUGUUAAGGACUUGAAAGUUUCAGACCUCCCAGAGUCCUUGAAAAAUUUAUCUCUGGUUGAGUUGGAUUUGGUUCUGGUGGGAGAAGGGGAGAAACACCCUGAUGAUGCUCAAGAGGAUCCGCCAGAUACCCCCAGGCAGGGAGAGAACAACUCCAAUGGGGAAGAACAUUUUGAAUUCGAGACUGAGGAUGCGAUUGGGGACAUCACAGCAGAAGAGUUCCUGGAGAACGAAGACACCGACAUAUUUGGUCAUGAUUUCAUCCAUCUCAGCUCAUCAUGGCUUAGCAAAGAUGGGGAGGAGAAACUGGAGUCGCUACUUUGCCUGUCCUUGGAUCUCCUGGGUCACGGAGAGAGUCUGCUGGAGGAGGUCCAUGACACCCCUGGCUGGAGGCACCAAGACCAAUGUGGGGCUGACCAUCUCAGCCAGUCACCGCUUCAUGAAGGUCUGCUCCAUCGUGGGCCUGUCAGGUGUCCUCCACUUGUCCCACUCUACUGCUGCCUGGACUUUCUCGUGGUUGGGGUUCAAUGA